AUGUUGGCACGAACCUGCCUGCGCUCGGCGCGCUCUGUUGCGCCCGUCCGCAAUGUCGCGAGCAAGACGGCUUCGCGUUCCGCUUCUACCAGUUCCUCGUCUGAGGGCGCGGCGUCCUCUUUCACGAUGACCGUGGCAGGCUCAGCAGCCACCGCUGUCGCUGUCGGUUCGAUCGCCUGGUAUUUCCACCUUUUCGGCCAGGAAGCCUAUGCCAUGACUCCGGCUGAGGAAGGACUCCACCCUACUUCUUACCCUUGGGAGCACCUUAAGUGGAACAAGACCUUCGACCACCAGGCUCUUCGUCGUGGUUUCCAGGUCUACCGUGAAGUUUGCGCCUCUUGCCAUUCCCUGAAUCGUGUGGCUUGGCACGCUCUGGUCGGUGCCACUCACACUGUUGACGAGGCCAAGACCAUGGCCGAAGAGCAUGAGUACGACACCGAGCCCAACGAUGAGGGUGAGAUCGAGAAGCGCGCUGGCAAGCUUUCCGACCCUCUUCCUUCUCCUUACAAGAACGACGAGGCCGCUCGUGCUGCCAACAGCGGUGCUCUUCCCCCGGAUCUCAGCUUGAUCGUCAAGGCCCGUCACGGUGGCUGCGACUACCUCUUCGACCUUUUGACUGGUUACCCCGAGGAGCCCCCGGCUGGUGCCGCCGUCCCCGCUGGCCUCAACUUCAACCCUUACUUCCCUGGAACUGGUAUUGCCAUGGCUCGUCAGCUCUACGAUGGUCUCGUUGAGUACGAGGACGGCACUCCCGCCACCGCCUCCCAGAUGGCCAAGGACGUUGUUGAGUUCUUGAACUGGUCUGCCGAGCCCGAGAUGGACGAGCGUAAGAAGAUGGGUAUGAAGGUCGUUGUUGUCAGCACCGUCCUCUUCGCUCUCAGCGUCUGGGUUAAGCGAUACAAGUGGUCUCCUAUCAAGACCCGGAAGAUCGUCUACAACCCUCCUGUCAAGCACUAA